ACUAUCGAGCCUCGAAGUGGAUGGCAAACAUGCGGUUCGUUAUGCUAUCACAAUCAAUGCACCUCACUCGAGUGGUCCUCGAUCUGAACCCUCCUUCUCAGUGCUCAUGAGUGCAAAUCCAAGAAUCAUGCAACUGGACCGCAGGGUUCAACUUGUGUUAAUCAUUCAUAUUCUACGUGUCUGUGUACAGGCAUGCAAGCAGAGCCACUACAACAUAUGGUGUUCGAGUCCGGGGACCAAUGGGUUUGGAGAUUGAAAACGAGAGGAGAUUGGGAGAAGUCAUCGGCUCACAUUUUGACAGUGGGAGAUGUCUGACCUUGUUCAUGCAAGUGACGGGGGGGCCUACCAAUAUGUACUUGGCUGCCACUUUGUUGGAUCUCGCUUGUCUCUUUGGUACUCCAUGCUGUGGUGAUAAUAACUCGAAAAAGUAAUUACAAGUUUUGAGCUUGGAGUUAUUGUACUAGUCCACAACUUCAAGCACCUAUAAAUACACUCCCCCGUCUCUCUCUUCAGACAAGCUCUUCUCUCUCUCUCUCUCUCUCUCGCUCUCUCGCUCUCUCUGCUAGGGAAGAUUACUGCUCAAAAUUGAGCUCUCUUAUCGCCUCCGACAUUAAAAAUGGUCACGGGAGAUCAAAUCCACAAGUGCCUGACAAUUUCAGAGGUAUCGGAGGAGUUGAAGAGGAUGAAGGACAUCGGUCUCCCCAUAACAGUCAUCAAUCUGGUGAGCUACAUCAAAGGCAUGGCGUCGGUGGCGUGCAUGGGCCGGCUGGGCCGCCUGGAGCUCGCAGGCGGCGCCCUCGCCGUUGGCUUCACCAACGUCACCGGCUACUCGGUGUUGGCCGGCUUGGCCAUGGGCAUGGAGCCAAUUUGCAGCCAGGCCUUCGGGUCCCGCAACCUUUCCCUGGCAUCCCGCGCCCUUCGCCGCACCAUCCUCCUCCUUCUCCUCGUCUCCCUCCCCAUCGCCCUCCUGUGGAUCAACCUCCGACCCAUCAUGCGCGUCGUCCGCCAGGACUCCGACGUCGCCCGUGUCGCGGCUUGCUACUGCCGCUUCGCCCUCCCGGACCUCCUCGCCAACAGCCUCCUGCAGCCCCUCCGCGUCUACUUCCGCUGCAAGGGCGCGCCGUGUCCCCUCAUGUGGUGCAUGUCGCUGGCCGUCGUCAUCCACGUCCCCCUCACGGCGUCGCUUAGCUCCGCCAUCGGCGUGCCCGGCGUUGCCAUUGCCACGUGCCUCACCGACUUCAACACCCUCCUCCUCCUCCUCCUGGCGUGCGUCAUCUCCUCUCGGACGGCCGACGAGGCGGCGUACCUGCCGAUCCCGAGCUCGCCCACGACCUGCUCUUCGUACAAGCCGUGGUCGGAGUGGUCCUCGUUGAUCCGGCUGGCGUUACCGAGCUGUUUGGCUGUGUGUCUGGAGUGGUGGUGGUACGAGCUGAUGACGGUGGCCUCCGGCUACCUCAGCAACCCUCGCGUCAGCCUGGCCACCGCCGCCAUCGUCAUACAGACGACGUCGUUGAUGUACACUCUCCCGACCACGCUGAGCACGUCGGUCUCCGCCCGCGUCGGGAACGAGCUCGGGGCAGGUCAGCCGAGGAGGGCGCAGACCGCGGCGGCGGUGGGCAUGGGCCUGGCGGUGGCAGGCUCAUGCAUCAGCCUGCUGUGGGCCACCGUAGGGAGGGAGGCGUGGGGGAGGGUCUUCACCGGCGACGGGGAGGUGCUCGAGCUCACCAAGGCCGUCCUGCCGGUGAUCGGGCUGUGCGAGCUCGCUAACUGCCCGCAGACGACCGGGUGCGGCGUGCUCCGCGGCAGUGCCCGGCCGUCGGUGGCCGCCGCCAUCAACCUCUACGCCUUCUAUUUGGUUGGGGCGCCGGUGGCGCUACUGCUGGCCUUUCGGCUGGAUUUGGGCUUUUUAGGCCUCAGCCUUGGGCUACUGACGGCCCAAGUUGCAUGCGCGUUGCCGGUGGUGCACCUGGUCCGCAGCAUGGACUGGGAGAGGGAGGCCUCCAAGGCUGUGGACUUGGUGGGAAGCGGCGGACGCGCACUGGAAGGGGAAUACGAAGAAAAGGCCACGCUCAAAGGAGAAGGGUUGCAGCCAUGAGGAAGAAGACUAUGCUUGGAUACGGGGACGGAGGAUGAACUAAUUAAUGUAUAUAAUAUGCGAUGUGUGCCUAACUAUGUGAUGCCAUCAUGAGGGCUGCUUCAGAAGCUGCGCGCAACCUUGAAGCGGCUAUUAAUUAAUGAGAAGCUAAUCCUGCGCCCCGACGUACACAUUUCAAAGCCAUGGGGUGGGCGGACAAGUAGUCCCAAAGACAGUUUCCUAUCGAGUUUCCAAAGAACCUGCCACAGGAGUCCAGUGGUGGAGAAUUGGGACCAUGCCUCUUUCUUUGUUGAAGUUCCAAAGAGAAUUGUCAUGAGUUUGAAGUAUGUUCCCAAGAUAGUGGGGGACCAUGAAGAAAGUAUAAAGCCAACCCACAUAAGAAUUUCUCGGAGCUAGUGUUGUUAGGGAUUGAUGCAACACUAUCUAGAAAAAUUCCUCCUUAAAAUUACUGCAGGAAACUCUCUAGUCCUACGUAUUUCAAUCAUCUCCUUAUCCUCAUUCACUCAUUGCAUCACAUCUUGAUUGUCCAUCCUUACAGCCCCACUCAUGAUAAUGAAACAUGCAAAAUGGGAUGAUGUGGGAGAGAAAUGAAAUGGCGAUUGAGAUGUGUGAUGAGAGUUGAAAUGAGUGAAUCAGAGCAAAACUCUCCAAUACAAACAGGUGAGACUCCCAAUUUGACUUUUUUUUUUUUCAAAGAGAAAUCAACAAAA